CGCCGACGUCGUUCAUUGUGUCUGUGUGUCUGUCAGUUUUGUUGGACACAUAUUGCCUCUUGGUUUGUUUAUUUUCAGUUUCUUUUUAUUUUCUUCAUAUUUUGUCGAUUAACAAAAAUUACUUGGUCAUUCUAAAAUAUCGUCUAUCAGUUCACUUAUAAAGAUAAUUAAGCCCGUCUACAGCAAUAUUUUGUGGAACGAAAAUGAUUAGACGUACUUUUACAACCGGUAUGAUGAGUUCGGCAUCAGCUGAUUUGAAGAACUUUGCCAAAGAUGGCAAGAAAAUUGUUGGAGCUGCUUUAAAUUAUAUGGACAUAGUUAAAGCUCGGGGUGUACCAGUGCCGAAAGUACCUUUGAUGUUUUUAAAGCCUACCUCAUCUUAUCUUUCAGAGGGUGAGAACAUUGUUAUUCCCAAGGUAUUCACAAAAGUAGCUCAUGAAGUUGAAUUGGGAUUUAUUAUUAAGAAAACCUGUAAAAAUGUAUCCAAGGAAGAUGCCCUAAAUUACGUUGGUGGUUAUUGUUUGGCUUUGGAUUUAACUGCCCAAUGUGAAUUGGGAGUUGCUCGUCAAAAUGGACAUCCAUGGACACUUGGUAAAGGAUUUGAUACAUCGACUCCAGUUUCAUCGUUGAUUCCAUUGUCAGCGGUGAAGAAUCCACAUGAUUUGGAUUUGUGGCUAAAGGUCAAUGGUGAAAUUCGUCAAAAGGGCAAUACAAAGGAUUUAAUAUUUAAAAUUCCCGAAUUAAUUGCACAUACAUCGAAAUACAUGACAUUGGAAGCUAAUGAUUUGAUAUUGACAGGAACACCUGAUGGAUCGACAGCUUUAGCAGGGGGUGAUGUUGUCGAAUGUGGUUUGGGUGAUAUUGUUAAACUUAAAUUUAAUGUUGUUAAUGAAUAAAUAAAACAAAUUUUAUGUACUUA